AUGGUGUCAAGAUGUCUCCGAUGGCUUCUGCAGCUUACGUUGUUGGCAACACUUGUGCAUUGCGAAGGUGCGACUGCGGAGUCAACACUGGACUUCGAGGGAACUCAACCCUGCGGCGAGCGCUUGCGGCAAGAUGGUCAGUGUGAGGCAGAUCCUGCUGAGUUUUCACCCUCCUUGGGCUGUGAGGCCAAGGGAGCGGUCCCCUGUGGCAGCCGCUGCUGUUGCCCCAAGGAGAGGCCCUGCUGGAGGUCAACGUCGUCGCAGGAGUCUCGUUGCAGCAAAUGUGCAGGCGCCUUUGUACAGUGGCGUGAAACACAAGGUUUUUCUGCGGAACGGAUGUUAGCAGGUUUGCUGCUAGCACCCCGUUCAGCAAUCUUCAUCCAGGAUCUUCUGCAAGCAUGUGGAAGCACAUCGCCUUUUGCUGAUCGAUCUUGGGCUUGGUUGCUGGCGAGGCUUUUCGCCCCUCAGUUGACAGAGAUGCCACACAUCAUGGCGUGGGCUGAAGACUCCUUUUGGUGGGCUUUGGGCCUGGUCCACGCUUUGGUUGGACAUCUCUUGGCAGAGGCCAGUUUGCUUCUGCGCCUUUGCAUCAUUUGCAUAGGUCCAGGGACCAGAUCCCUACGCCGACAAGCCAUGACACAGGAGAUUCAGUUGAGCCUUCAAAGCGGCUUAGCAUCUCUGGUGUUGGUGGCCGGCACAUUGGCAUUGCAUUUGGCACCGGGAGGUUCCGUGAUGCUGGGAUGGGCCGUCAGCCUGCUUUUGGCCUGGCGCUGCUGGGAGGCCACGGUGGCUCCGUUCUGGUGGUUUCGUGCACGGCGCAUGGGCAUGGCAGCGUCUCAUUUGUUGGUGGUUCUGGCACUGCUGAACCGUUCGAAGAACAUCCACUUUGAUCUCUUCACUUCAUUCAUGAUGCUUGGACCAGGAGCCUUUUUGGGCUGCAAGAUUGCUUUGGAAUUCUUCGUGGGAGAGCGAACGCCUGUCUUUGUGCAACGUUGGCGCUUCCUGGAAAGUUCGGUGGAGCAACUCGCAACGUUAACGCGUCGACAGCUGCGCUUCGCACCCAAUGUGAUUUACAUCAGCUCACCAGAGGAACUGACAGGAGAGGCCAGAGAGAUCGGCUUAGACUUUGGUGGUUUGUUUCGCGACUGGUUGGCGCAACUGGCCUUAGGCCUGUUUGAUGCCGAAAAUGGUUUGGUGGAACACAGUUGUGUUGAUGGCACCUGCUAUGCCCGCCUGAAGCCUGGAGGAGAUUUGAAGCGCCUGGAGGCCAUGGGCAAAGUCCUGGGUUUGGCGCUACGAGACCAACAGCCACUGGGAGUUGAAAUCUGUCCACCUUUGGCACACCUUUUGACCCAUCCCACACUUCCGCGAGCCUUGCAGCACAUCCGGGAGAGUCUUCCCGUCCCCCUGGGCCAACCAUCAGUUCCUCCCAUGGACGCCGAGCCCAGCGACGGCCUUCCGACGUCUCCAUCCGUGUCAGGUGGUGAGGAAUUGCGGCGUUUGGGCUUCUGUGCUGAAUGGCUGCGCUAUGUCAGCCAGGAGGAAUACGACUUCUGGCGUCGUGCAGCCCACGGUGCAGCGCCGCUGGAUGCGGUGGAUUACCAAGGACCACGUAGCGCUGAAGGCCUAAGGGAACACAUGGAACGGAAGGCCUUGAGCUCGCUGGUGCUGGACGUGUCUACUGAGUUAGAACAUCUUUGGCGUGGCCUUCGCUCAGUGCCCAACGUGUCUUUGCCGUCCUUGGAGCGUGAAGUGAAACGAGGGCUGGAAGAUGCAGAGGAGGAGAGACCCAGCAAACGGCGACGUUUGGAAAGGAGCGUUUUGCAGGGCCUCAUCUCCGGUGGUCCCGACGUCCCCGUGACGUUGUGGCAGGGGGUCACCAGGUACAGCCCGGUAGAGGCAACCCAGGCCUUGGACGGACAACGCACCGUCAUGUGGUUCUGGGACUAUGUGUCGUCGCUUUCAGUGGAGCAACGUUCGCAGCUGCUGCAGUGGAUCACGGGCUAUCGACGCAUCCCCCCAGGCGGUUUCCCUGCACCUGUGCCUUACAUGACGUUGUACCUGGCGAAUGUGGGCCCCGAUCGCUUGCCAACGGCACACACCUGUGGUCUGCAAUUAGACCUGCCUCGAAGCUAUGCUGAUGCUGCUCAGCUAGGCCAGCGACUGGGACAAGCCAGCGCUGAGAGGCAGUUUUACCUGGUUUGA